UUGUAUAUAUAACGGCGUGGCUUUCUCAACGGCCAGCAGACUGUGGGUGCCUGACAGCUCGAUCGGGAAUUUCGUUUCUCUCUUAUCUGGGCAGCCCUGUCUCUCUCACUGGAGUCACCAUGAGUCAAGGCGACGUUCGUGAGACGAUGCUCCGAUACUGGGAGCACUUCGAUCCGAGCCUCGAGAGCAUGAUGCUGGACGCCCGCGCGCAGCUACUCAACGUAGAGGAAAGCGCGGAGAUCCUGUCGCACCUGCCCGACAUCUCGGGAAUGGACGUGCUCGAGCUGGGCUCCGGAAUCGGUCGUUUCACCGGCAAGUUGGCCACCCAGGCACGUCACGUGACGGCAGUAGACUUCAUACCUGCGUAUGUGGAGUCGAACCGCCAGAGGAACGGGCACCUAGACAAUGUCUCGUUCGUCCAGCUUGACGUCAUGAAACUUGACCUACCGGCACAGAGUUUCGACUUGGUGUUCAGCAACUGGCUCUACAUGUACCUGAGUGACGAGGAAUGCUUGCGAUUGCUCGAAAAAGAGAUCUCCUGGCUCAGGGACGGCGGUUUGCUCUUCCUCAGGGAAUCGUGCUUCAAGCCGUCUGGCGACGUGAAGCGGACAACCAAUCCCACUUUCUACAGGAGGCUGUCCGACUACUACAACAUGAUCAAGAAAGUCCCCAAUCCAGCCGGCGAUCCGAUUGAGUGCUUCGUCGUGGAAAAGGUGGCCAAUGUCAGGGCGUAUAUCAAGCACAAGCAGAACCCGUGCCAGGUGUGCUUCCUGGCCAAGAAGAUGCUCCGCAACGCGGUCAAGGACUUCAACAGCUUCCAGGAGUUCCUGGACCAACGGCAGUACUCGCGCAACGGAGUGCGCCUCUACGAGUGGAUUUUCGGGAACACCUUCGUCAGCACGGGUGGACUAUCCACCACUGAGUGGGGCGUGAAGAAAGCCGGCGUCAAGGAUGGCGACCGCAUCCUGGACGUAGGCUGCGGCGUCGGAGGCCACGACUUCUACAUGGCCGAGAAGUACGACGUGCGGAUCGUGGCAGUGGACCUUUCCGUCAACAUGAUGUCCAUAGCGCUCGAACACUUCGCCCAGAGGCCCCACCUCGCAGACAAGAUCCAGUUCAAGAUGUCUGACGUCACGAAAUCGGAGUUCCCCGAAGCCAGCUUCGACCUCAUCUACAGCAGAGACGCUCUUCUCCACAUCGCCGACAAAGACACACUUUUUGCGCUCUUCCAUAAAUGGUUGGCACCGGGAGGUAGGAUAUUCUUCACCGACUACUGCCGCGGAGACAAGGAGGACUACUCGGAAGAAUUCAAGAAAUACGUGGCUCAGCGGCAAUACAACCUUCUCACCGUCUCCCAAUACGGACAGCUCCUGGAAAGGGCGGGGUUCGUGAACGUUCAGGCCGAGGACAUCAGCGAAGAAACCGUAGGGAACCUCCGACGGGAGCUGGAAAGGCUCGAGAGCAGCAAGGACGACUUUCUCAAGGAAUUCUCGGCCGACGACUUCAACUACUUGAAGCAGGGUUGGGAGGCAAAGAUCAAGCGUGGUGCCGACGGAGACCAGGCGUGGUGUGCCUGCUAUGCUGAGAAGAGCAAGUAGCAGCAGGUGCCGCUCUAAAAAGCGAGAGAAUCACACAUGGCCUCCCGCUUUUGACAAGAGUCUCGUUUAGAAUAAGUCGUCUUCAUUUGACGGCUCUUUGUCAGGACGUCGAUCUCUCAUAGGCCAAUAGAACAUCAGCAAUAUAUAUAUAUAUAUAUAUUAGUGGCACUUGCAGCCCGUUCAUGGAAGAUUUACCAACCCACCUUCAAGCUCAGCCAUCAAGUCACCUCAAUUACUAAAGUAGUGGCAGUAAGGCGCUCUUGUACAUUGUCAAUGCCAGUUCAAAUCGGCGCCACAGUGUAGGCGCAACUAAUUACUUCGCACACAUGAUGGCUUAACUAUGCAUGUUAUUGCGCUAAACUUAUUUUUCCAAGUUAUCUCGUGUACUUUUUUCUGCUUCGUCAUUAAAAUUUUGUUCCCCGGUGAUCUGACAUUAGAAUACAAUUUUGGCUUAUUUCUAUAUUGUUCUUGCUCAAAUUUAGAAACAAGAUAACUUUUUUUUUGAAAAUAAAACACUCUUAACAACUGUCUUGCUAAUUGUGUGCUGCAUG